CAUUUUCUGCAUUUGAUUCUGCUCAUACAUCCAUUGUAUAAAGCAAAACCCCCCAUACUUUGUUUACAAUGUAGUGACAAUUUCAAAUCGAGUGCUUUCGCUGCCCAUCCAGUGUUGUUUUGUUGCGUUUCCAGCCAUGUCCAGCAGCAGAUACCCGAUAGUGGUGCAGGGGGAAGCGUCUGAAACGGACUCCGAUGAUGAAGUCUACAUCACUUCUCUGACUUCUCACCAAACUACCGCAGGAGGAGCCAAGGUUCCUGGGGAAGCCUCGGAGACGGACAGCGAAGAUGAUCCGCAGCAGGCGGUCAGAUCCUCUGUAAUGGCUCAGGAGAGCGCUCAGAUACUCAAGAGAGAGCUGCCCCCUCUUAUUGUGGUCAGAGACAACCCCGAUGUGCAGUCCAUAGUAGAAGACAGGCCGAGCCCUUCACACAGGCCUUAUGCAGGAGACACCCUUCUACAGCAGAAGCUGCAGGAGUCCAACAGCCGGCUGUAUACCGAUGUGGGGCAGAGGGUCCGACAGGUUUAUGGCAGCGCCAGUAAGGAGGUCCACAGUGUGACAUCUCAGCUGAAUUCGUCCCAGAGCGCCAUCAUCAAUGCUUCCCACAGUAUCCGAUUAAUCCUGGACGAUCUGAAGGCCGUGUCCGAGAAGAUCGACAUUAUCACCAGCUGCCAAAUACUUCCUGAUAUCAACAUCAACCCUGGUUAUUUAACUUCACCUACACCCUAAUAAAUGCUUUGCAACUGA